AUGUGUGAGAAUGUUGCAGAAAAGGAUAUCCGAAAGAAAAGCGAGAAGGAAAUUGAAAGUGAGAAGAAAUGGCAAAAGGCAUACGCCCCCCGGAUGAGGCAGAUUGUUUCUGGUCUUAUUCUUGGGAAUGUCCAGUCCUCAUGGAAUAUCGAGAUGCUUGCAGCGAACCGUAUAAAAGCGGUUGUCUCUCUUUCUGAUGGAUCAUGGGGACGGUGGAGGUCCCACACAAGGACAGUUCCAGAGCAUCAUCAUAAAUGGGUUCAGGCUGUAGACUCGUCAACGCAAGACCUCCUUGUCUAUAUGAGCGACACUUGCGACUUUAUCGAGCAACUGGCCUCCCCGGAUCUUUCCUCGUUGACGUCUUUACCUAUCGAUGAUGACCACACAAAGGAUAACAAGCUGGAGGCGAUUAUGGUUCACUGUGACCUUGUGUGGGAGGAAGUCGGGUAUCAAGUCUGGGAGAACAAAGAUAAGACUGUCCCGAAGCCGGCAUACAAAGCGUUUCUAGACGAUCGGGCUGCCCUGUUGAAAGAGAAGGGGCUCACGGGGGAAUGA